UCAUCUGUCAUUUGUAUCUGACAUCUGAGAAUACCAAAAAAAUAACCUCAAAUUUUAGUGUAAAUAAAAAUUAGUUUUGUUCAAAUAAUUUGAUAGUUACAGAAAUCCGACAAUAUACAUAUAUUUAUUACUGAUAGUAUGCUUACGUGGUCUUGUAAUAAUUAUAACUGGUACCCCACAAAGGCUGUAUAAAUAAGAACAAAAAAUGGAGCCAGUCUGGUUUAAGCCAGAUUUAGCUGAGGAAAUUAUGAAAAAAGAUGAUAUAUUUGAGCAAACGCAAAGUGUCAUAACGGACAUAGUAUCCGGCCGACUCGAUAUAACAAAUUUAGUUGAAAACAUGGCUGGUGUCUUAACAAAUAAAGAUGUGGAGAGCAGAGAGCGCGGGAUGAAAUUCUUCACAAAAAUCCUUAAAGAAAUCCCUAAAGAUUAUUUGACUGAGAUCCAAAUAAAAUUCAUAUCAAAAUUUUAUAUUGACAGAUUAAAAGACAAUCACAGAGUUAUUCCGUCUGUCAUUGAAGGCUAUCUUUCUUUAGUUGACAUGAAGAACUAUAACAUACAGUACAGUGGGGAAUACUUCACUGUAUUGUUUAGAGAAGUGCCGUGUCAAUCCCAAGUUCGUCAGGAUAGAUACAAUAUUUAUUUAACCAUACAAAAAAUAUUGGAAAUGGAUGCUCAAUAUAUGAAAACAUUGGGUCCAGACUUUGUAUAUGGACUCAUAUCAUCAAUGGACGGUGAAAGGGACCCUCGGAAUUUGCUAUUCCUGUUUAACUUCCUGCCAAAGUUUCUGUCUCAGAUUCCUUUGGGGCAUUUGGUGGAGGAAAUGUUCGAAGUGAUUUCGUGCUACUACCCGAUCGACUUCCACCCGUCGCCGAGCGACCCGGCCGCGGUAUCUCGCGACGAGCUAGCGCGCGCUCUACGGCCGUGCCUGUGUGCUCGACAAGACUUCGCGGACCACUGCCUCGUGCUGCUCAUUGAGAAGCUUGACUCCAGCCUCCGCGUGGCCAAGCUAGACUCCUUGAUGCUACUGGCUGAAAGUUGCAAAACAUUCAAACCUGAGAGCUACGGCCCAUUCCUAAAGACGUUAUGGUCAUCCAUCCAGCGGGAGAUAUCGCACAAAACUGACGAUGAGUUGAAGCUAGCUGCUCACGAGGCUCUCUCAGCGCUAGUCGCGUCUUUAGCCUCGGCGACUGACGACUCACUGGAAAACUUCCUCCGAUCUGUACUGGUGGCAAUGCAGACAGCAGUGGCGGAAGCAACAACUGUCGCGCGGUUUACGGAAGCGUCUCGGACGUUACUGACUGUUGCCAACGCUUCGGAGCGGUCGUGCGAGAUGAUAACAAAGUCGAUGAUACCUGCGGUUGUGGCGUACUACGAGUUCAAGACGUCCGUUAAGUUGCAGCUAGCUAGUUUGGAGUUCCUUGGGGACUUGUUCGAAGUGGCCGCGCAUUGGGGCGUCACGGAGAGUUUAAGCGCGCAAACUGACGACAUCCCGCAGCUGUGUUUGACCGCUGUUAGUUCGCCGCUCAAGGAGUACCAGUUGGCCGGAUUCAAAACACUAAUAAGAGUGAAAAGCGCAUUAAAAAUCGACCUCGUACUACCGUUCGUUGAAAUCCUGAUGCACAAUAUUCAGUAUUCUCCAGAUGAUGAAUUAUUGGGAAUUAGCGUAGAAACCGUCCACGCUAUCGCGCGAAUGUAUCCAGAGUUAAUAAUGAGUAUAGUUGUCAAAGGAAAAUGCGAUUUAGACAACCUAACACAGGACCGAUCGGCCCUGCAAAAACGACUCAACUUGCUUUCGAAUCUCGCCAGUAUAGACGAUUUCACUAAAAUUAUCAUAGAACAGAUGCUCAAAGCGAUUACGACUGAUGAAGCUUUUAAUGUCGUGAAGGCAUUGAACGCAUCUAUGUCCAACUCUAGUUUGUAUUCAGACGACAAAGUCGCGCAAAUAGAAAGCGAUCACGGCUUGAUAGAUUCCAUACUGACUUGGCUGUUAAAAGAAAUGGAAAAUUCCACUCCGAUAGCUUCGGACGAUGGUUACGAUUUGGUCUCGAAUACCAUAGCAAGUUUGCCUGAAGAGAAGCAAAUGCAAAUUUUAUCGCGGCAUACUACUGGUAUAUUGGAGAAAUGUGCAAACGACGCAUACUUUCAAGUCUUAGAGUGUCUGUAUAGAUCAGUACAUAGGAGUGUGUAUAACUCGCAUUUUGAAGGUAUAAUGUCGUUAGCGCUCCGAUUGGCUUUGGACAGUGAGUUAGAGGUUGUCCGCGGUAAGGCAUGUUGUUUAGUUGCCCACUUCUUGAACAAAGCAGAGAAUAGCCAGAAGUUUGAACUGAUGUAUGAAAUGUUGAAGAGUUACCUCAGCAGUCGAAGUAGAGACGACGUAGAUUUGUGUCCAAGACUGAUAUAUUUGUAUGGCUGGAUCUGUAAGGCGCUGCUUUUGAGGGGAAGUGAUCUGUUCCAGUUUUGGCUUAACAAGAUCGUAAUAUCGAUAUCGAAUCCCGAAUGCAGUAGAGCAGGGUCGGAGGCCAUUCGCUGUAUAGUGUCAGACCUACCAGGUAGUCUGUCCGCGCGGCAACACUGCCGGCAGAGCUUACUCUACAAACAGAGACUGUUCCAAGCCUUUGCGGCGCUCUCGGAGAGAAUCACCCCUCCAAGCGAUAAGGAAUUUUACUACGCGACUUGGGCGUAUGUGUUGCACCAGACGCCUAAAAGCAUACUCAAGAAUGAAAUUAGUAAGAUCGUGCCUUUAGCUAUAGAUGCCUUGGAAUAUGACAACAAAGAUUCUCUCAUAGUGAUGAUCGACUUGCUUACUCACUUCGUGCAAGUAAAUAACGACUUUGUGGCCCAAAGCUUACAGACUAUAUUGCCGAGGCUAAUUAGUUUGACCACGUACCCUAAAUCUAUGGAUGUGCGAAUAAAGAGUCUACAGUGCCUCUACGAAAUCGCUAACUGUUGCGCCACUCGGCAGCUUCUGGCGUACAAGCAGGACACGCUGCUGGCGCUAGCACCGGCGCUGGACGACCGCAAGAGACGAGUGAGGAGCAUGGCUGUCAAAGCGCGCACGCGGUGGUUCCUCGUAGGCGCGCCGGGGGAAACCAAACAGAACUGACGUCCACGAAGCCGCUAACUAUUGCGCCACCCGACAACUGCUGGCGCAGAAGCGAGACACGCUGCUGGCAUUGGAUGACCGCAAGAGACAAGUGAAGAGCAUGGCCAUCAAAGCGCGCGCACGCUGUUUCCUCGUGGGCGCGCUGGGAGAAACCAAACAGAACAGCUCCACGAAGCCGUUACCUGUUGAGCCACCCAACAUCUGCUGGCGCACAAGCAAACCUGACGCAUAAGGUCGUCGACUGCAAGAGAGGAAGGAACAAGGCCAUUAGGGCGCCGGAGCAACCAAAGAGAAUUACUGACAGUCACGAAGCCGCAAAUCGUUGCGCCAUUCAACAGCUGCUGACGCACAAGCAGACCUGACGCAUAAGGUCGACGACUUCAAGAGAGGAAUAUGGCCACCAGGGCGCCGGAGAAACCAAACAGAAUUAUUGAGUCACGAAGCCGCAAACUGUUGCGCCACUCGACAGCUGCUGGCGCACAAGCACAAUGACCGCU